AUUGGGAUUUGACAAAACUACCCUCAGCAGUGUGCUGUGAUGAACUACUAUUCAUUCCUUCGAUUCCAUUGCCCGGCUCACACAUGCCAAAGACAAUGGCUUCUCUGGCGUUGCUCCGCAGAAAACUUAGCAGCUGCAGCAGACUCUCCCACUUGCACGUGUGCGCACGUGCCUUCUCCGACGGCAAGAAACAGCGAAUCGAGAAGAUUCUAGUGGCGAACCGAGGCGAAAUAGCUUGCAGGAUUACCAGAACCGCGAAGAGGCUCGGAAUUCUAACCGUCGCCGUUUUCAGCGACGCUGACAAGAACUCACUCCACGUGGCAUCCGCCGAUGAGGCCAUACGAAUCGGACCGCCACCUCCUCGUCUGAGUUACCUCAACGGAGCAUCCAUCGUCGACGCUGCCAUUCGUUCCGGUGCGCAGGCUAUUCACCCUGGAUAUGGAUUCUUGUCCGAAAGUGCUGACUUUGCUCAACUUUGUGAAGACAAUGGUCUUACAUUUAUAGGGCCUCCUGCAUCUGCAAUUCGAGAUAUGGGUGACAAGAGUGCGUCGAAGAGAAUAAUGGGGGCUGCAGGGGUGCCUCUUGUGCCUGGCUAUCAUGGAGAUGAACAAGAUAUUGAGAAAAUGAAGUUGGAAGCUGAUAAAAUUGGGUAUCCAAUUUUGAUUAAACCCACCCAUGGUGGCGGAGGAAAGGGUAUGAGGAUUGUACACACUCCAGAUGAGUUUGCUGAAUCGUUCCUAGCAGCACAACGUGAGGCAGCUGCUUCUUUUGGUGUCAAUACAAUAUUGCUGGAGAAGUAUAUUACACGGCCAAGGCACAUAGAAGUCCAGAUAUUUGGAGACAAGCAUGGGAAUGUUCUACAUUUGUAUGAGAGAGAUUGCAGUGUGCAGAGAAGACACCAAAAAAUAAUUGAAGAAGCUCCAGCACCAAACAUUUCUACUGAUUUUCGUGCACACUUGGGUCAAGCUGCUGUUUCUGCUGCAAAGGCAGUUAAUUAUUACAGUGCUGGGACUGUGGAGUUUAUAGUUGAUACAGUCUCUGGGAAGUUUUACUUCAUGGAAAUGAACACCCGUCUUCAGGUUGAGCAUCCUGUUACAGAGAUGAUUGUUGGUCAAGAUCUUGUUGAAUGGCAAAUCCUUGUUGCCAAUGGAGAAGCUCUUCCAUUAAGUCAAGCACAAGUACCCAUAUCAGGUCAUGCUUUUGAAGCUCGAAUCUAUGCUGAAAAUGUUCCAAAAGGGUUUCUUCCAGCAACUGGAGUUCUGCAACAUUAUCAUGUUCCAGUCUCAUCUGCAGUACGGGUGGAGACUGGAGUUAAAGAAGGAGACACUGUUAGCAUGCACUAUGAUCCUAUGAUUGCUAAGCUUGUGGUGUGGGGAGAAAAUCGCGCUGCUGCAUUGGUCAAACUGAAGGAUAGUUUGUCAAAGUUUCAGGUUGCAGGUGUACCAACUAAUGUCAACUUUCUUCAAAAGCUUGCCAAUAACGGGGCAUUUGCUAGUGGCAAUGUGGAGACUCAUUUUAUUGAUAACCACAAAGAAGACCUCUUUGUUGAUGCUAAGAAUUCAGUCUCUGUGAAAGAAGCAUCUGAAGCUGCUAGACUUAGUGCAUCCCUUGUGGCCACAUGUCUCAUUGAGAAAGAGCAUUCCAUAUUGGCAAGAAACCCCACUGGGGGCAGCAGCUUACUCCCUAUAUGGUAUUCUUCUCCACCUUUUAGAGUCCAUCAUCAAGCUAAGCGUAGAAUGGAACUUGAGUGGGAUAAUGAAUAUGGUAGUGGUAGCUCAAAUAUCGUGAAGCUUGCCAUCACAUAUCAGCCUGAUGGGAGAUACCUGAUUGAGUCAGAAGAAAAUGAAUCUCCUGUUUUAGAAGUCAAAGCCACAUAUGUGAAAGAUCACUAUUUUAGAGUUGAAGCUGGUGAUGUAAUCAAUGAUGUUAAUGUAGCUGUUUACUCUAAGGAUCAAGUAAGGCAUAUUCAUAUUUGGCAAGGGUCAUAUCAUCAUUAUUUUAGAGAGAAACUAGGCCUUGAGCUGUCUGAAGAUGAAGAAUCCCAAGAUAAACCCAAAUUUCAAACAUCAGCCAAUCCUCAAGGGUCUGUUGUAGCACCCAUGGCAGGCUUGGUGGUUAAGGUUCUAGUGAAGAAUGAGACAAGAGUAGAGGAAGGACACCCUGUGUUAGUACUAGAAGCAAUGAAGAUGGAGCAUGUUGUAAAGGCACCAUCUUCUGGCUAUGUGCACGGGCUUCAAGUUACAGUUGGUGAACAGGUUUCUGAUGGUAGUAUUCUUUUCAGUAUAAAGGAUCAAUAAAAUCAUACAAGGAUUACAGCUUUACGCCAAGAUUUUGGCAAGGGGGACCUCAUCUGGUUGGAUAUUUAAAAGCAUGAGCCACAGACAGCUAUACACAGUUGGUCGGAGCAUCAACGGGAAUUUCAAAUCUAAAAAUGCCUUCCGAUGAUAAAUCAAGUGAUGACAAUACAUCCGUCACGUGCCUGUUGUGUUCUCGAGUACGUUCCGGGCGGAAUGUAAUUGUCUUUUUUAACACGGAAUAGAGCACAAAGAACUUCUUUGGACCUCUCCAGACUCCCAGAGGUUGAGUUGUUUUUCUUUUGAAGGCUGCAACUUAUCAUAGCUUGCGUUUAGAUAUAAUGAGUUAUAUUAUACAUGGCAUCAAUCCUCAGUUGAGAUUUUGAAGUGUUUCAUUGGUAAUUUUAGAUGGCUUUUGAUAGAGAUAGAUUGCCUGUCCUUCAGCUAGCAAACAAAUUACAAAGUACUGUGCACUUAGUCGUUUUAUCAUUAUCUCUUUGAAUAUGAACUUUGAAGCGUAUGAUUGGUUACUCCUCCAAAUGGAGCUUGGACCUCAAAACACACUUUUCAAGGCAUUUUUCCCAAAGCCGAAUGAAGUUGUUAUGGGUGGAACCGAGUUUGGUGACAAAUGGAAACAAGCUCGAGGUCUCUCUCCUUCAUGUUUUUUGUUCAAUUCUAUGGAAUUCAAAACAAGUUGACAUAAUGUUGUAAUGCUCAUCCUUUUGUUGGGGACCAAGCACAGAAUAGAUAUGCAUUUAUAUAAACAAUUAACCUAGGUUAAACCAAAAAAAAAAAAAAAAACUAAAUUAGCCAUUUAUUCAAGUAGAGUUUAUCCCUAGAGCGUCAUAGUAAGUGUUAGUUAAAAAAUUCACAGAAGGAUCACAAACCACUUCAUGAACUUAACAAAGCAAUUCCAAUUGUUAGAUUAAGUGCUCAUAUGACAAAAUAAAUCCAGAUAUGGAAGACAUUCUGCAGUGGCAUGAAAGACAUUAUGCUCCAGAUUCACAUAAUGGAUUUCCAAUCAGCAUUGUGAGAAAUGCUGGAAUCAACAAGCACUAUCGGUUGCACAUACUAGUGGGGCGCUGGCGAUAGUGAUUGUGAUUUGUGAUUCCCGAUAUUUGUUGUUGAACGCUCAAGAAAUCGCUUGCUCUUCAUGAGAGUGUUGUAUAACUAUAAUUCUUGUUUUCGCUUUGAUCAUUAUCAGAGUCGAGUGGAUGGAGUUUAGGGAGAAAAUUGUGAGUAUAAAAUCCAAUUGUCUAUUAUAUUUAGGUAGUUACGUAGAAUUGGUGGUGUUGAUGCACUCUUGCCAAUAUAUGAUUUGAUAUGCAACCAGUUAGAAGAUCCGACAAGCAACAGGUACGGUUGGAUAGAAAGAAAGGAAUACAUUUGCUCCCUAUAUUUACAAGUUUACACUAUUUAUUGUAAUCUUCCUCAUCAGUCAUUGCUGAACCAUUAUUCCAAUCUUCUCAUCGUUUCUCUAUUAAUUUUCUUCUUCUAAAAUAGUCUUCCCAAGGCCAUAAUCUGAAACUACACUAGAAAACUGAGAAAGCAUAUUUCCAUUCUGGAGUUUGUUUAAGCUUUCUAUAAUGGUUAAAUAUCCAUUCAAAAACAAGUCCUUUUAUUUCUGCAACAAUACAAGAAUCAAGUAUAUGAUGGAAAAUAAUUGAACUUGAUAUCUAAAUAUAGCUUUGUUAUAUUAUAUCUUCAUAGUUUGUAAUAUGUUAAAGUAAGUUGAAAAAAUUGCUCGGUUCCAAAAUUGUCUCAACG